CGACCUCACCCUUCGGUAUCCGGACCAUUCGAGCACUGAGAUGGCCAGAACAACAUUCUUGGACCUUAUACGGAUGCAAUGGCGCACGGUACCACCCGUAGUCCAUGCUGACCUAUCCGGGAAAACAAUGAUGGUCAUCGGAAGCAGCGGAGGGCUAGGAUUGGAAGCUGCGAAACAUCUCGCGAAGAUGGGUCCGGCGAAGCUCGUUCUUACCGCCAGGGAUGAGGCACGAGGAACUGCGUCUGUGCAAGAGCUCAAAAGAGAUACUGGCUACGACGCUGAGCUACGGCUCGUGGACCUUGCGAAGCUCUCCUCUGACUGCCAGGUUACUCCGCAACUGAAGAUGGAUUUGAGACUGCCUGUCAAUUAUCUUUCUGCCGUCAUCGUCACCUUGUCAUUUCUCCCUCUUCUCACCGACACUGCGAACAAAUACGGCGUCAGACCGCGAAUCGUCCAAGUCGUCAGCGACACGGGAUAUUGGAAUGUCGGGUUUGAUGAUGAAGUUAUGCACAGCGGUAACGUUCUCCGCAAGCUGAGCGAACCGUCGUAUUGCAACCCCCGAGUAUUGCGGGAAAGGUAUGCGUUAUCCAAAACAUUGAACUCGAUGUUUAUCAAGGCCCUCAAUGAGCACCUGCCGCCGACUUCACCCGUCAUCUGUGCGAGCGUUAAUCCCGGCUAUUGCAUCUCAGGGCUUCGUCGCCACCUAAGCAGCGGUGUAGCCGGUUUGAUGUUCACAGUGAUGGAUGCCCUAUUGGCCCGAACGACAGAACAAGGAUCACGACAGAUCGUCUUUGCAGCCGUGGGCCACGCUGAUGCUGAGGACUCUUUGAAGGGAGCAUACAUUUCUCUUGACUAUGCGUUCACGGAGGAAAGCGACUAUAUGUGCAGCGCAGAGGGCGCCAAAGCGCAGAAGAAACUCUGGAACGAUACGCUUGACACCGUACGCGAGGUAUUCCCAGACCUAGCAUCGGUUGUUGCAGAUUAUUUGACGAUUUAG